GUGCGCGAACCGACUUUGAGCCGCCUCGAUUUCUUUGUACGUGGGAACCUUUGCUCCAGCGCGCAUCGCAACCCCCAUCCACCGAAACCACCCCUGCCAUUCCGCCAGAAUGUCGGACGACGCGACUACGGACAGCCAGCGCGAGACCUCCCGUCUGUGGCGCGUCUGGCGCACCGCGCACGAGCUGGUUGCCGACAGGGGCUACGAAAUGCCAGAGGAGUCGUACAAGCUCUCUCUUGAAGAAUUCAGGUCUAGGUUCGGGGACGCCUCCGGCAACGUUGAUCGCAAGCAGCUCGCUUUCUCGGCCAAGCCCAGCGACGAAAUGAAGGCGAAGCACUACAACCCGCGCAAGCCCAAUGAAGAGGUCGGCCAGAUCUGGAUCGAGUUCAACGGCGAAGCGAACGUCGGCGUCAAGCAACUGCGCGCCUUCAGCCACCACCUCAUCGAGAACUCUUUCACCACCGGCAUCUUGGUCACGUCCGUCGUCGUCACCCCGUCCGCUCGCAAGGUCAUCCCGUCCAUCCUGCCCAUCAUCAUGGAGCUCUUCGAAGAGCAAGAGCUCCUCGUCAACAUCACCCACCACGACCUCGUCCCCAAGCACAUCUUGCUCUCUGCCGACGAGAAGGCCGCUCUGCUGCAGCGCUACCGUCUGAAAGAGAGCCAGCUGCCUCGUAUCCAGCAGUUCGACCCCGUUGCGAGAUACCUAGGAUUGAAGAGAGGUCAGGUCGUCAAAAUCAUCCGGAAGUCCGAAACGGCAGGCAGAUACGCGAGUUACAGAUGGGUCAUCUGAGCGGUCGUCGUGGCAGGGGGAAUGGCGUUUUGGGAACUGUUUGUGUGGACACUUGAAGAGCAUGCAUCUUGCGGGGCCUGGUGCAGCGGAGUUUAUCUGGGAGUUACCAUACUAAAAAAGAUCGAGUAUGCUUGAAUUUGUGGUCGCAAUGACAGCAAUCAGGGCAGAAGAGGAAGAAUAUCGAAGUCACCAAGAUAAUGGGUCCAGAGCUGCGUGAGGAUCUCGCGUGAGAAUCUUGGAUUUUUAUGCUCUAACUUUUUGAACUAGUUUUCAUCUGGGACGUCAGCGGCCAGUGGCCUAAGAUCUUGUGAAACAAGCAUCUUGUUUCUGUAUGACCCUGAGUAAAUGGACUGAUUAUCUGUGGCCAAGGAAGAAUUGUUACACUUUGCUUGACAACAUCUUCAAAAAGACUUUCUACAAAC